ACUCUACAGCGAAUUAAGGCAUUGCUUACUUUAUAGUUCUAAGAUUUAACUUAGAAAUUUAUAAGAUCUGAUGAAAAGUAGUAGGUAUUUCCCUGUACUGUUGCUGCAAUAUGUACUGUUAUUGAUUGAUCUUCUUCUGAAUACGUUUAGUGAUUUUGGACGAUCGUCAUUUGUUGUUUUGCUAGUUUUACAUGUAGUUCAAGAUAUUGGCAUAGUAUGCAAUAUCAUAAUAUUGUUUUUAAUGUUUGCGAAUACUUAUGUAUUUCGAGCUGGAUUGUUGGGAAUAUUAAUAUCACGCUAUCGCUUCACGCUUAUAACAUGUUUUCUGUAUUUGACCAUCACAAUAAUGUGGCACUUUUGGAACUUGAAAUUUAAAUGGAACAAUCCUUUUGCAUAUAAUUGGAAUACAAAUUUACUGGUACUCUACAUUCUACAGAGAAGUUGUGCUGUUUUAUAUUAUUAUUUUUACAAAAGAACUUCACUUCUUAUUGUUGAUCCUUGUUUUUAUGAAGAUAGUGAAUGGCUUAAAAUGAAAGUCUCUAAAAGAUAGAUAACAUUGUCAGAUUUCAACUAACCAAAAUAUUUUAUUGUGAAAAAAAAAUUUGUUGUUUCAUACACUAUUAUUUUUUAAAAAGAACUUUACUUCUUACUGUUUUUGAAGAAAAUGAAUGGUUUAAAUGAGUCUUCAAGAGUUAACAAGCAUGAACUGGAAGUUCUUCUAUCAGAAUUAAACACAAUUAAAAAGAAUGCUAAAGUAUACAAGCAACUACAAAACUCAAGUGUAUUUUUUUUAUCCGAUGUUGCGACAUUGAAAUCAGAAACACAAA